AACCAUUGUGCAGACACCCUCCGGUGCAGCAGGUGGCGGGAUGUGAUCCUGUGACGUUAUAACUUCCGUAGCAACUGACGGUGAACAACAACAACAUCAUGGAUGUCAUGGCUGAGAGCGACGCCGGCGCCUCCACGAUACAAGAGCGACUCCAGAAGCGGCAUCAGUCCAGGAUAGAGGAUGCCGAGCGGAGGAAGGAGGCCAAAGAGAGCCACUCUGUCGCGGAGGAAAAGGCGGACUACUUCUUUAGCACUUUCAAAACGGAGCGGGCGUCGAUCGAGGAGCUGCUGGCCGGCUGCUCCGGAGCUGACCGGCCCGUGGUGACUCAAAAGCUGGAGGAGGCGACGGCCCAAAUCCUCCAGCUGCAGAAGUUUCUCAAUGACAGCAUGGUGUUUCUGACGCAGUACGACCUCAGGCAGUCCCAGGUCUGCAUCCAGAAGCUGCAAACCUGCCUGUCUGACAUCAGGGAGGAACAUCUGCCCAAGAAGAAGUUUGCCUUUAGAGCUCGCACUAAAGCAUCUGAGAAAGUCUGUGAACCGGUGUCAGACACACCUCCACCUCAUCCUGAUGCUGAUGCUGAUGCUGGCACCGUGAUGGAUGGAGUGUCCAAGCAGUGCGGCUUCUCCAACAUGGACAACGUGAGUCUGACAAAGACGGCCGAGGAGCUCCACAAACAAGACGUGCUGCUGACACACCUGACCAACUGCAAGGUCCGUCUGUUGGGCUCCCCCAGCACGCUGCACCUGAAGCACAUCGACGGCUGCGAGAUCCUGUGCGGACCCGUGUCCAGUUCGGUCUUCGUCGAUCAGUGUAAAAGCAGUACCCUGGCCUUCCCGUGUCAGCAGCUGCGGACCCACAACACCACGGACACGCAGGUGUACGUGCACGUCACCAGCCGAGCCAUCAUAGAGGACUGUCGUGGGGUGAGCUUCGCCCCGUUCACCUGGUCUUAUCCCACCCUGGAUGAGGACUUCACCGUGUCUGGUCUAGACCAGGACCGAAACAACUGGGACCAGGUGGAUGACUUCAACUGGCUGGCUGCAGGAACGCCGUCACCUAAUUGGACUGUUAUUCCAGAAGGAGACAGGAAAACCAACUGGGACCCUUAAAAGUCGACUUUCAACAUGUCAAUCGAACCAUUAGAUCAAAUGUUCUAAGACCAAACACACAUAUAUACUCCUGUCCAUGGUAUUUAAGAAAGAUCAGUUGGUUUCAUUGAGGGUUUCUUUCAGUUUUUAUGCUGCUUAUGUUGAUGCACUUAAAGUUGUGGCACAGAGGAGCAUGUUGCCAAACUUAAACUCUGCUGGUCUGCUUUCUUCUUCUCACACUUAGCAAACAACUGAAACUAAAAGGCAAAAAUGCAAAAGACGACUUGGCACAGAGAAAGCUCCAACAGCUGGUAGUCACGUCUUAUUAGGAGAUAUAUUUAUUGGCGUAACAUUGCAGGAUUUCUAAUAGAGCCCAGUCACUGUUUGCUUGUUGCAGAUGUAUUGGUAUCAGUGUCUUUCUGUACCGAAAUUAUAAAGAUGUUUGAGGUCAUUUAAAAUGAAGAUUGUAACUACAAUUACCUUGCAUGUAUUAACCAUAUUUUACAUGCAAGUACUAUUAUUACAAACAUGUGUUUCGGGUAAUUUAGCCUUAACUUAAUGGCACCGCAAACUGAAGUGAAAAUUAUUAAUUUGAAGUGAAAUCACAGUUUUGCACUUCAUUAGUUUGCUUCUUUCAUACGAUCAAACAGUUCAAAACCUAAAGAUAUUUACUGUCAUGUGAGAUAAAGAAAAGCAAAAACUUCCUCUCGAGUCUUCACUAUAGUGGAUUUGAAUGGACAGAUAGAUAAGAGCCCCGUGCUAACAUUGUGUGCCUUAAUGCCGCUGGUAAUCACCAACCCUAAAUGGCACGUAAAGUCUUCAGUGAUGAUCCAAUCUUGCGGAAUGCGACUAAAUCAAUUCUGUACUUUGUUAAAAAGUACAUUUAAAAAUGCAAAUAAAGAGUCUUUCUGCUCAACAAGAA